AUGAGUAACACAAAAUGUGGUUCAUACGAAAUACCAGCCUCCAAAAUAGGUAGCUGCUUUUCCUCCUCUAGAAACCGUGAGAAAUGGACAAGGGGCAAAGGGAAAGGGAAAUGGAAACAGACAAUUCAAACCAAUAAUAACUCCAAUCAUGCCAGUAAUGGUAACUAUGACAGGGAUGGUAUAACUGAAGAACAAAGCCCAUCUGCUCCUGUGAAUCUACUUGAGGAUUCUAAAGAGGAGAUGGAAGAAAGAAUUCCUCGUAUGGGACAUGCUAAUCUCAUCAUACCGAAUAAUGAUGACUGA